UUUUAGGGAGGGUUUAUUUACUAACUCUUACCACCACGCCCCGGUGGCGGAGUCAUUGUGGAGCUGACGUCGGCGAAAUGAACUCGGCUCGCUUUGCUCCCUUUCCCCUCACAGAAUGGAAGUAACCGUGGAGGUGAGACGGAGUAAACUCGUCUGACUUGGAGGAUAUUGAACCCGUCGUCCUGUUUCUCCGAGUCGAAGACAACAUUUAGGACGAAGCCUAUCUUUGAGGUUGCUCAUCUUAAAGUGACCCCGUAUGGACGAUGAGGAGGAUGAUGUGUUUGAGCCAGACCCCCACUGCUGGCGCACCACAUUCAGGGAGAUAAAGUGUGAAGACCGGGGCACACAGACACCUGGCCCUGCCCUGGCUCCGAACAACGGCAUGCUGCCCUGUGGCGUCGCAGAGGAGCCCAGACCACUCUUCUACGGCAACGCAGGUUUUCGAUUGCACUUCCCGGCACACUUUGAGCUCAUUGGGGAUCAGGGAUCCAGGCGGCAAGAAAGUGAAGGGGAGCAAAACGGGAUGGAGCAGCUACCCCGGCAGCAGCCUGCGGCCCGCAGUGUGGAGGCCUGCAUUGGCCAGAAACUCCAGCUGAUAGGAGACCAGUUUCACCGGGAACACCUACAACUGUAUCAUCGAAACCAAAGGAACCAGGGGGGGAUGUGGUGGCACCUGGCCGCAACUCUGCUCAGCCUUCUGUUUGACAGGGGGUUCAUUGCUGGAGGAGGUGGUGCAGGACGGAGGUGAGGGGGAAUCUCCCCAAUUCCUCUGAGGAACUGGACUCCUAAUGGCACUGUCAAAUCUAACACGGGUCUGGUAUUUGGGGGGGAAAAAGAAAGGAGACAAAGGGUCACCGCGGGACGGAGACAACCAACUUUUAUACAAGGUCGUGUGUUUUUUUCUUUCCAAGAAGAUGCCAUGAUGCUCCGAGAUUCCUCUACAGGACAAUGUUCAUAUUUUGGUAUACGUGUGGUGUAGUAGUUUUGUACAGUACAUUGUUCUGGUUACAUUUUUUGCACUUCAACAUGUAUCCAUCUUAAAUGACCUCCACAGACCCUGGGAAUGCCUUAUUAAAUGUCUUCUGCCAGAAUGAGUAUUGAGCAAUUUUGAGAUGAGGCAACAUGAGGUGGUUAGGAAAUGAAAGGAAACGUGGUGUGAGGGUUUUUCUUUUCUGAAGUUUCCCAGGUGACCAGACGAGUUGACUAACUAAUUUCCAAAGAGGCAACUUCUCAGAACAAAGCAUUUUGCACCUCACCUCAAUGGAACGUUUAUCUUUUCUUAUUUUCUUUAUUUUGCUUCCUGUUUGUGUUUUCUUACUCCUCCAUUUUCUUUGGUAUGGUAUUACGUUUGAACACGAUCCCUCAGUAUCAUGCAAAAUAUUGGGAACAAAGUUUCUGCACAUGAAAGAGUCUGCACAGCGUCACUUAUUACCCAAAUAUCUUUUGCAAAAUGUCCAGAUGAGACCGUCUUUAGUCUUGUGCUACAUCUCAGAACAUUUGGAUGGCUCAGGAGGUAUCGAGGUGGAGUUUGCAGUGCUGAACGUCGGCGACUGGUCAGACAAACCUGUGUACAAAGCUAAUAUUGAUAUUAGGAAUUGGAAUAAUUGACACUGAAACCAAACUUGAAAAAAAGCAGUUUGCUGUAAUUACACCCAAACAUAUAUAUGACCAAUCGCUACUGUUACUGAUUCCUUUACAGUUAGUGUUCUGAUUAUACAACUUCCCCUAUUAUAUUACAUAUUAUUACUAUUUGAGGUAUGUUGAUUGAUCUAAUGCCUAUUACUUAAUAGAGCUGCUGGGUGGCUGGAUGUUGUCUGAGAUGUAGCACAUUGAAGAAAGGCUAGGAAAGAUACUUUAAAGCAGGGCUAAUAAAGAACAAAUUCAAUUGGGUCAGAUUUUAAAACCAGGAAAUGUAGAUGGGCCAGACAUUUUUAGCAGUCUACCGGUUUUAAAAUGUUAUUUUUAGCUUUUGGUAAUGACAAAUUUUAAUCCUGCCUGAUUGGUAAUGCACAUUGAAGCUCAUUCGUAGCUAAUUCCAGACACUAUUUUGUCAUCAGGUUUAUGUGUGCUGGUCGGUUCGGAGAUUUGCCAACUGAUUAGGCCUGCUUUAAAGAAUCCAUGGAGAGAUAUUUGGAUUAAACCUGUGCAGACUUUUGCAUGACUCCGUAGGUCUAGCACCUGGGCACUAACAUUAGCGUAAAGCACAUUAUUAUACAGAGCAAGUCUAAGUAUUCUUUACCCAAAUGGUCACAGAACUAUUUGGUCAAGUCUGUUGUUAUGACUUUAAUUUAGCGAGAACACCAGAUACUCUUCCCUCAGUUGUUCCCACAUUCAUUCCCACAUUUACAAGUUAUCCCUGUGUUUUCUUUGUUCUUUUCAUGUGAUUGUUUUCAGACCUCCAUGCCCUUGAAGUGGAGCUGUGGAUCCACUGUGUUUGCACUAGACGUACACCCUUCGAGAGUUCAGAUUGUCACCAUGCUAACCUCUGUCUUGUAUGAAGGUUUUCAGUUAUGACUUGUUUUUCUUGCCACAACAACAUUUCAGAUGUAUUCACUCUUAUGUCCAAGACAAAUAAUCAAACAUUGAGACCUGACUGAGCGCAGUCUGGGAUCUGGAUUGGAUUAUGGAAAUUUCACGUACCGGUGUUUCAGGCUACAAAAGAGCCACGCGCCUCCUUUGAAAGGUCUCUGUCCUGUUUUUUUUUUUCUCAGCCUGUGUGUGUUCUGAACACCAAACAAUACUUCAUAAUCAAUCUGUGAAACAGAUCGUCUCAGGCUACUUUUACGGGGUUUUACAACAUUUUAUAUUCUGUUGGGUGAUCUUGUAUUGUCUUUGGUGCUCAGAUCCAGAUUUGGGACAUUUUUAGUACAUAUAACCACUCAGCAGACAAAAAGGCAAAAGUGAAAAAGACUGUAAUUAUUGUUGAAAUAUGAAUAUGUUUAAAGACACUGUUGAAGAUGCUGUUUGUUAUAUUUUCCAUUGCUGAACCCAGGCCAACUUUUGGACCCAAGGAGCAGUGCAUAUCAGGGGUCUGUAAUUACUUGCUCCUUACAAUGUGUCAAGUUUAUCACUGCAAAAUAGGGUUUCCUCUCAUCCUCUUUAAGAUGUCUCAGGGACAGACUUUGUGGGCUACUGGUAACCUUGAGAAUCUGUUACAUGGUUAGAAGAAGAGCAGUGUUUGUCACCCAUUUCUUCAUGAUGAAAUCUCUCGAGGUAUUGUCUCUCGUUUUCACAUCAGUUAGAAAAAAAAUCCUCUCGGCCAAUUUCUCAGCACACACAUAAAGGUACAGUUUGACUGAGGAGUCUGAGGCAGACUUGCUGACUGUGGUGGCGACGGGGGCUUCUGAGCGUGUAGUAGUAGGCGUGUGAGGUGCACUGAAUGUGGUUGUGGUUAUAGUUUCCUGCGGAUCCUGAACGCUGAGCCAGUCCUUGUAGCACCCCGUCUCACCAUUGGCUCUUGACUUCCUCUUUGUGCUGCUCCUUUACUACAUGGCUAUUGUUCAUCGGUUCAUUUUUCUUUGUAAUUUAUUUUUUUCUCCUUCUUAUUUAUUUUGUAUAUUUGCCCAUUUCUACUGUAUACACCCGUGUGUGCAAUUAUAAUUUUCCUUUUUUUUUGUCUUGGUCUUGGACUUGUACACGCUUCAGUUGUUUGACUGUGCAGAGCAGGUUGUCUGCACUGUACCUGACAUGUGGUACUCAACCCAACCCUCUACUUUUGUAGUAUCACUCAUCUCCUGUAGGCUCCAAGAAAGGUGAAGUUUGGCCCUUUAUGAAGAACAACAGCUACGGUCAGUUUGAAUUCAUGUUGGUUACAAUGGAUUUCAAUGGUGGCAUGUUUGCACAUUUCAGUUACAUGUCCCACAUGGUUAUUGUUUGGCUAGUGUGACUCACCGGAUUUAGGCUUUGGCUGUAGGCUUGUCAUUGGCCGGAAUCACCCCUCACCCCCCUUCCGCCCUUUCCCCUAUCUGCAUGUUACUGUUUUCAAAAUCCCCUUGGCUACGGGAAACAACAACCUCCAACCUAACAACCUACACACUGAAAUUGACAUCUUUUGAUCAAGAUGCCUGCUUUGUUCUUUCAGAGAAUUGUUAUCGUUGGAUCUACAACGUAUAACACCACUUGUGAGUGUACUUAGGAAAAGCCCAGACUCCAUCUUGCAGUGUCCAGUGUUGAAUCGGUUUGUUUACAUGGCCAGUCGGAGUCGAUUUGCCGCAUCCUUUUUACCCUGGCAGCGGCAUGCGCCAGUGAGCGUGACUUCACCAGUGUAUCCAUCUGUUCCACUUCACAGGAGCUUCUGUGAUAUUGUUGUAAUAAUGUUCGGAGCCACAAACAGUUUGCAAAUUGUCUGUGGUUUUAUCGGGUUCAGUGAGUUCCUCCAGAGUAAGGUCUAGUCAGGCUUCACCUCGAGGGCAUCGUUCAUCAAAUUAUGUUUGUCAGUUUUAUCAGGAAACCGUGAAUCACACUGUCAACUUUAGACUGUUACUGUUUCCUUUUGCGGAGCCAUUUUAAUGAAAGAACUAGCCACCCAUCGUGCAAACGUUCCACUAAGACAAGUAUCCCCUGCGUCGCUACUUUGCAAGAGCACUGUCGCUGCAUACUGGGCUAAGUGCUACCCUAGACGAUUGUGAUUGGUUUAAAGAAGUACAAACAAGCCAAAGCAUUUUUUGAUCACGUGUGCUUCCUGGCGCAGCACUGUGGAGGUAGGUCUUGCUAUGCUAGACUAUUGUUUGGCUCUAUUGUUUUGACUCCUUUGAGGACAGUAUUGUGUAGAGGAAGUCGUGCACUCAUUCAUGUAUCCAAAAUGUAUCUUAUUAGAACGAGAAUACAUUGUAACCAACAAGAAUUCACCCUGACCACAGUUUCUGCCCUUCAUGAAGAAGAAAACAACAGCCCUCACCUUUCAAGCCCAGGGGAUUGGUGUUUGAUACUCAAAAAAUAGAUUUUGGGUGGAGUAUUUGACUUAAAAGGUUGUGAUUUUCCAGGGAAGGGCCCCAACCAAUUCAGACCUUUUUCAUUAUCUUCCACCACCCGAUUCACCAGUCAUCAUGGCUAGAUUCACAAAAUGUGGUUUAGACAAGCAGCUGCUUCGAUGCAGUUCACCCUUCCAACAGGAUGUGACCUUUUCUUUGUAAUUAAUGAGUCAUUACCCAUCCCACCCAUCGCUAAUGAUACACGUGACAUUCGACAUGCCUCAAAACACACAGGAAAAAAAGUUGCCUUCAUAUUAAGUCACAGGGCGUUUGUUUAUGUGUUCGAUUCUCUAGUCUUGAUCAUUGUGUUGUAAUCAACAUGCACUGGAAAGUACUUUGUUUCUGUAGAUCCCAUGGGUCCCUUAUCUGUUGUGUGUUAAUGUAUAGUAUAUACUCUGGAUUGUUCUCUUGGGCUCGUCUUGCCAUGUGUCAGACGUAUAUCUGUGCAUUGACUAAGUAGGUCUGUUUGAUUUAUUGGAAAGGGAAACAAGCCACCGUGGUGCCCUGUAUACUUUUGUUAGAAUGACGUUCCCAAGCUGCACUCAUCACGUUAUAUGUGAGUGCCGAGGAUCCCAAGAGUGGGACAUGUAUUUUAUGGAAACCGUCAGUGUCUUGAAUUUUGUAGUCCACUUUAUAUAAAUUUGAAGUUUUUGCGGGGAAGGUUUUUGUUUUUGAAUUUGUUUUUUUUUUUUUUAACAAUAACAUUUCUUCUUCAUGGUCUUUCUUAACUUUUUAAAAUGUAUUUUCUUAAGAAAAAAAGGGUCUGCUUUUACAGACAGUUCAUUGCUUGUAAAAUAAUUUUUAAUACUAGUAGGAUCCUUUUGAAGUCCAUGAGAUCAAGGGCAUUUUUUUAUAUAUAAAAAUGAACUUGCGACAUUCCUUGCACAUCUCAUCGUGGUGUAUAAACUCGCGGUUGUGGUUGACUUGGCUCAUGAGCUCAUACCUACGGACUAUUUGCCCUUCUUUAAAGAACAGAUAAAGUGUACAUGUAUUUCUAAAAAACCCUGGAAUAUGCCUUUAACUGCUCAGUUUCAACGAAGUCUUGAUUAUCACACACUCUCUGUAUACCAAGAAAUGAGACCCAGCGAAAAUGUAGCAUUUUUGUAAACAUUGACUGUGUGUUUUCGAGACUCUACUGUGCACUCAUUUUUUUUUGUGUUUAUAUAUAUUUUUUGGUUGUUGAUAUAAUAUGGAAGUAAAGACAAUUUGUUAUGUAGUGCAAUAUGCUGUACAUAUGGAGCUUUGCUCUACAAAUCUUUUUCUGGAUUUCUUGUUGUUUAUUGGUACUUUUUUUUUUUUCAAUAAAAUUUUAUUGAAGGUGU